GUGCCGCCCCUCUCUUCGAGCGGGCGCGGCGAAUGGUAGGUCCCGAGGCCGCAGCUUCCGCCGGCGCCGGUGGCUGGGUCGCCGCUACCCUAGGUCGUGGGGUCGUUGUUGGCACCGAGGCCGCAGCAUUCAUGAUGAACUUAAUUCAGAUUGUGCGUGACCACUGGGUACAUGUACUUGUCCCUGUGGGAUUUGUCCUUGGAUGUUAUCUAGACAGAAAGAAUGAUGAAAAGCUAACUGCCUUCCGGAACAAGAGUGUGUUAUAUAAAAGGGAAUUGAGAACCAAUGAAGAUGUCACCUGGAAGUAA